AUGCUACCAGCAGAUUUCAUCGAGAGCUCGCCCUACAAGUCCAAUAUUUUCGUUGGCAAGGUGGUUUUUGUCACCGGAGGAGCAGGCACCAUUUGCAAGGACCAGACUGAAGCUCUGGUGCGACUAGGCGCCAAUGGUGCCAUUGUUGGGCGCAAAAAGGAGGUGACGGAAAAGGCUGCGAAGGAAUUGGAGGCCCUGAGACCCGGCGCACGUGUUCUGGGACUUGGAGAGAUAGACGUCAGAGAUAUCCAGUCGCUCAAACGGGCUGUUGACACUACGAUAUCCGAACUAGGACGGAUCGAUUACGUCAUUGCUGGGGCGGCAGGCAACUUUGUGACGGAUAUCAACCACAUGAGCGCGAAUGCGUUCAAAACGGUGAUUGAUAUCGAUCUUUUGGGCUCGUUCAACACCGCCAAGGCCACAUUUGAAGCUCUCAGAGCCUCGGCGGGCAGUCUGGUGUUCAUCUCAGCCACUGCACAUUACCAUGGCUCACCGUUCACGGCACAUGUGGGAGCCGCCAAGGCCGGAAUCGAUGCACUGAUGCAAGCUCUGGCUGUUGAACUGGGUCCGUUAGGAAUCAGAGUCAAUUGCAUAGCUCCUGGCUUCAUUGCUGCUACCGAAGGUAUGGAUCGACUGCUUCCUCCAGAUAUGCAGAAGACAUAUACUCGUCUGACGCCGCUGCAACGGUUCGGAACCACGCUGGAUAUUGCCAAUGCCACCGUCUGGCUCUUCUCAGAAGCCGCCUCGUAUGUUUCAGGUACCGUUAUUGUUGUCGAUGGAGCCGGCUGGCACUCUGCCCAGCAGACUUCCACAUUGCAUUAUUAUCCAGACAUGUUGAAGCAUAUGGGAGAGGAUAAGUCGAAGAUAUAG